AUGUCGUUUGCCCUGCUGAGAAAAGCCUUCGGCAUCGGGAAGGCAGUCGAUGAGAAGGAAUUUGAUGAUUUCUUUAAAGUAUUUGAUGGGAGUGACGUCUUAAAUGUCGGUCACUUAAGCAAAUUGUUAAAGAAAAAAGCUGUCCGGUUGUUAGUCCUGAAGAAUGAAGACUCUGGUGUCAUUUUUGACUCCUCCGCUCAAAAGGAGUCUGUCAAGUCAGUACCAAUUCUGAAUGUUGGAAGACAACAGUGUGACCUGAGAGACAUGGCAUUCGGUUCCUUUUCGUUAAAUAGUAGGAAACCACUACUUUUCUCAACAAAAGUCCAUGACAUGAGUUCAUCUGGUCAAUUAUUGUUUACAAGAGUCAUCAGUGAUAUCGAUGAGUGGCGAAAAUUAUAUCUGAGUAGUGGACAGAACCCAUGGGUCAGGCGCGGAAUAUUUACUCUCGGAAACGUUGAGUUGAAACAUGAAACAGGCAGCAAUAGAAGCUUGGCUGUUUGCUUACUUAUAAACCUAGAAUGGUGUUCAUCUACCAACGGCUUGUAUGCAAGCAAAACACUUGUUGCGCAAAAGUCUCACAGUCGUCGGAACUUUCACCUUUUUAAUUCCGAUGUUAACAACCAAGCAGCUAUGCAACCGUCUGUUGACAAUUGUUUGAAGAAUUCGCCAUUCUCUCCAAGACGAUUUUACCGUAUGCUUUUUGAGCAUUGGACUCAGCUAAGUUUGCUAGUUGAAACACUGACAAAUGAAUGUGCAGUGGCCGUAUGUAAUGGCACUCGCAGUUGCUGGGGGACGCACAACUUUGUACCAGAGCCGCACUGUACUGAUGUCAUAACAAAAGCCUUCAACAACUUUUUGGAUUAUUUCAGAGAUUUGUGUCUGCCUAAAUUAUCUUUCCCUGUUUGGUCUACGUUAAAUGUCACGUUAUCGAUUGGUUCGGAUUCCUUACCAUCUUACUUUGAACCAUCUCGUACAGACUGUGUCGCUUAUUGGCUGAAUAUGGAUCCCAGUUAUUGUCAGUCAUUGUCCGCUGAUUGCAGUCAAGCUUCUAAAGAUAAUCUUGCAGACAUAUUUGUAAGAUCCUGCUUGGUACCGUUGAUAAUUAAAGGAAAUAACAGAGAUCAUCGCAACUUCCUGAGCCGUUUGCUCACUGGAGUUCUUAUGUUCCAUACUGGUUGGCUUGACGGUGUUUCGUCUAAAGGCUCACGUUCCAAUUUGGGAAACACCAGUGAAAAUUCAUCUUCAAAUAGUCAAAAUGUACGGAGUAGUCUGCUGAAUCAACUGCUUACACAAACAAGUUUCAUACCGAUUGGAACAGAUGCAGUAUGUGGAAGCAUCUUCAAUUGUACUGUAAUUUCUGGUCAAUCUCGUGCCUAUCUAAUGGCUUUACUGUAUUUCGUGACAUAUUUUUUAAGAUUUUUAUGCUUAACUCAUACACAAGAAUGCGUCCCUGAACUUGGACAAGCUGAUCUAUUUGAAUUGGAACAACAAAAACGACGAACUCGUUUAGGCGGUAAAGCCCGUCGUAAAUCUGGUUCUGCAACGAGUAGUAGUUCAACCAAUUGUGCUGCUGGUGAUGCUCACGAUUCCGGGAUUAGUUCCCAAGAGGAUUUAACAUCUAUGGUAUACUCAGCCAGUACAGGAUCAUCUCCAACGCAUGUUUCAGGCAUGGCGUUAUGCAUGACACGUCGACUGACACGUGACCAGUGUCGAAUGGCUGAAGCAGCCGCUCAGUUGAUGGUGACUCGUGAAGCAGCAGCUGCGGCAGCCGCGGCCGCAGCAGCUACAAAUAUGUUCCAACAAAAUGUGACUACUGGCCAGCCAACAAAUUCGCUGAUGUCAGUUGGCGAAACCCGUUCACCGCAUUCAACUGAGAUAUCAGCUUUAUCAGAUGGUAGUAUCGGUGGAUCGUGUCUUUCGAAUUCACCACGUUCCUAUCGGCAGCGUUACACUGAAGUUCCCCUGUUGAUUGAAAAAUACUUUGAUGGUGACGAAGAAUUGUGCAGUUGUUUACCAACCGAGAUUAUUCCUGGUUAUAAUAUGAACUCCUCCUCCUCCUAG